GAAAAAAUUAAUUCAUUAUAUAAUAACAUUCAACGUAUCGGUUCUGGUACAUUUGGCGAAGUGUACAAAGUGAGGCAUAAAUUUACAAACAAGAUAUCAGCUAUCAAAAUGACUGACAUAAGUGCAUUAGCUAUACGGGAAUUACAAAUGUUGCUCCAAGUACAAUCACAAUACGUGGUUACAUACUAUUCAUUCUGGUCAGAUAAUAACAGCCUAUUUAUAGAAAUGGAAUAUUGCCAAGAUUCAUUACAAAAUAUUUUAAUAAUCCGCUUUGACGCAUUUAAUAGGCAGCGUGGUGAAUUAAUGAAUCUAGUUGAAUAUUUUAUAUUCACGGAAAUAUUCCGAGAACUUCUAGAAUGUGUAGAUUAUUUACACACGCUAGAAAUACCAGUAAUACACCGAGAUUUAAAACCUGCCAAUGUACUGAUAUACUACGAUAUUUUGCAUAAUCGGAGAUUUUUAAAAUUAUGCGAUUUUGGCCUAGCUACUUUCCAAAAUCGUAGUCAACAGAGUCAUACUGUGGGUGUGGGGUCACCUAAGUAUACGCCCACAGAAGUGUUUGAUCCCAUUUACGAUACCAAACGUGAUAUUUAUAGCCUCGCCGUAAUUGCACAGAAAAUGUUCGAGAUUAGUUUUAAUGGG